UGCAAAUUAUAUUUUCAUUUUACUUCUUUGGUUGAUAUAUCGACACACCGACCUUACGAAUAGUUGCAAGGAAAUCGCUGUAACACAAAAACACUAUGAAGCUUCUCAGUAUUCUAAUAACGGUUGCCUUUGUGUACGUUUCUCCGAUAAUGACAGGGGAAUAUGCAAAUUCGGUUUGCAGUACAACCAAUCACAUCAGAGAGGCUUAUUGUACAAAUCGCGAUGGACUGGAAACUGCAAUUUUAAAUUUAAUUAACGGAAAUAAAACGUUCGGUACACUUAAUUUGAUGUUGGCUAUACCAGAUAAAGCAAAUUUUAGAUUCACAAUUCAGCAUGACGAGUCAUUUAUUAUCAACUUACCAGAAAAUAUUGCCAUAGCUGAUCAGAAGGCAGUGCAAGAAGCAAUAUUCCAAGUUACAAAUAUCCGUGUGCCUGACCUUGGCCACCACGAAAAUUAUGAUAAUGAUCGUAGCACAUUGUUUUGGCUUGGAGAAGAUAGACGAAGAAUAAUGGGAUAUGUUACAAAAAUUGUACUUAUCAAUGCAAUAAAUAAAGGAAUACCAGAAUUCACCAACCUUAAUGAAAUAUGUAUUCUAAUAGGUUUGCUCCGAAGUAUGCGAUUCCCAGAUUCGUACAUAAAAACCGCUAGAGUUGAUCAAGAUGAUUAUGUUUGUAUUUUAACCUCACUAAAUGGCAGAUUCCAUUACAAACCUUAUAACGGCUCUAUUUUGUUGGUAAGUCCAGUGGGUGAUGAAUAUUUGGAUAACGUUUUGUAUGAGACAAUAACAUGGUUCUAGUAAAAUAGACCCUCAAUAGUAGUUUAAUAAAAUAAAUCACACUUACUGUUUUUAUUUUGACUUUAACAAUAUGUAUAUGUCGCACUUGUAUCUAAA